GACACUUUAUCUAGACAAGUCAUUUAGUUCCGAGACGGGAAAAUCCAAAGCACGUUCUUGGUCUUGGAUUCAGAAAAGAAAAAAAAAUAGAGAGAAGAUGAGUUCAAGAUCUGACCUCACGAUCAUGCGCGUUUGCUUCAUAAUCUUCCUGCUUGGAGCUCUUGUUGAGUUAUGUGAUGGAGGGAUCACCAGUGAAUAUGUUAGAGCCAGAGGAAGUGAUUUACCAGACGACAUGCCAUUAGACAGCGAUGUCUUUAAAGUUCCCCCCGGUCCUAAUGCUCCCCAACAGGUUCACAUAACGCAAGGUAACCAUGAAGGCAAUGGAGUGAUUAUUUCAUGGGUGACUCCUUCUGCGCCAGGUUCUAACACAGUUCGCUACUGGAAUGAGAAUGGAGAAUCGAAGAAGAAACAAGCAGAAGCAACCAUAAACAUCUACCGUUUCUACAAUUAUACUUCUGGUUACAUCCACCACUGCGUCAUUGAUGAUCUGGAAUUUGAUAUGAAAUACUACUAUGAAAUUGGGUGUGGGAAGUGGCAUAGGCGAUUCUGGUUCUUUACUCCGCCUAAACCUGGUCCUGACGUACCUUACACCUUUGGCUUAAUUGGGGAUCUGGGACAAACAUAUGACUCAAAUCGAACGUUAAGCCAUUAUGAGAUGAAUCCGAGAAAAGGACAGGCGGUUCUUUUCGUAGGAGACUUGUCUUACGCAGAUCGUUACCCUUUGCACGACAACAACAGAUGGGAUACUUGGGGAAGAUUCGUUGAGAGAAGUGUUGCUUAUCAACCUUGGAUAUGGACUGCAGGAAACCACGAAAUCGACUUUGUUCCUGACAUUGGUGAAACAGAACCAUUCAAGCCUUAUAAGAAUCGGUAUCAUACGCCAUAUAAGGCAUCAGGAAGUAUCUCUCCACUGUGGUAUUCCAUCAAGAGGGCUUCAGCUUAUAUUAUUGUUAUGUCUUGUUACUCAUCUUAUGGGAUAUACACUCCUCAGUACAAAUGGCUAGCAAAGGAGUUCGAAAGAGUAAAUCGAACAGAGACUCCGUGGCUUAUAGUAUUAAUACAUUGCCCCUUUUACCAUAGCUAUGUGCAUCAUUACAUGGAAGGUGAAACAGUGAGGGUCAUGUACGAGCAGUGGUUCGUCAAGUACAAGGUUGAUGUGGUGUUUGCAGGCCAUGUUCAUGCCUAUGAGAGAUCGGAACGUGUUUCUAACAUUGCCUACAAUAUUGUGAAUGGAUUGUGUGAGCCAAUAUCGGAUGAGUCGGCUCCUGUGUACAUAACAAUCGGAGACGGAGGAAACUCAGAAGGCUUGCUUACUGACAUGAUGCAGCCACAGCCAAGCUACUCUGCCUUCCGAGAACCUAGCUUUGGGCACGGGUUGCUGGAUAUCAAAAAUAGAACUCAUGCCUACUUCAACUGGAAUCGGAACCAAGAUGGGUACUCCGUGGAAGCAGAUUCUGUGUGGUUGCUUAAUCGGUUUUGGCGAGCUCCAGAGAAGACGCUCGUUGUUGCCUAGUGAACACAAAAUUGAUAUAUGCUAUAUAAACUAUUGAACCAAAGGUGUGAGUUAUCAAGUUCAUUGACAUUUUCGCUCCUCAAGGUUGUGUCCUUUUAUAAACACAUUAUAAUAAGAAAAUAAGAAAAUGAUAUAUGCAA